UAUGGAACCAUUAAUCCCUUCUAUGCCAUUCGAUGAGUCCUUAGUCAAGGCGUAUGGUCUCGACCAGUUUGAAGAAUUCCAGGACUUGGAUUUGUUAAGGCAGCAAGUCAAACAAAAUUUUAAAGAGAAAAAGAAGCUAAUAAGACCUGAUUUUAGCGAAAAAGACUGGGAAAAGGCCAAACUAGCUAGUAUUUAUAACUCAACUGAAGAAGGGGCUCCUAUGGGUCGGUAUCUCACUGAUCCUGAGGAGAACAUCCCCAGAGUUCAUUGAGACGAUCUAUCAGUCGAAGAUUUCAUCGAAAAUUACCAAAUCCCAAAUAAACCUGUAAUUAUCGAAGGAUGAGCUGACGACUGGCCGGCAAUGAAAUCCUGGAAUUUCAAGCAACUUUAUGAAGACUUCGGAGAAGUCGACUUCGAAAUUGGGGAGGAUGAAAUCGGAACUCCAGUAACAGUCAAGUUGAAGGAGUACCUCCAGUAUAUGGUUUUCAACCAUGAUGAUUCACCCAUGUACUUGUUCCAUAGAAAUCUGCACAAAUGUCCUGAAAUGAAGAGACUUCUGGAAGAUUAUGAGGUACCUAAAUAUUUCAGGGAGGAUUACCAACAGAUAUUUGAUGAGAAAUAUAAACCUGACUACAAUUGGUUCCUGAUCGGGCCACGCAGGUCAGGAAGUUAUGUUCAUUACGACCCGUUUAGCAUGUCAGCCUGGAACACCUCUCUCUUUGGCCACAAGAGAUGGAUCCUGUUUGAACCUGACAUGGAUAGAGCUGUCGUUGAAGGAGAGGAAUUUAAAACAGAUCAGAACCUUGACAACUACACUGCGAUAGAUCAUGUGCUAAAUAUCUAUCCUAAGCUACUAGAAUCAGGGCUUGUGAAGAAAAAGUAUGAAUUUGUUCAGAAAUAAGGGAGAUACAAUCUUCCUUCCAAGCAAAUGGUGGCAUGUAGUUCUUAAUGUAGACGAUACUAUUGCUAUCACCCAAAAUUUCACGAAUCAGGCUAAUUUUGAAAAAGUUUGGAGAAGCUUCCGUCGUACAAAGAAGCGUAGCGCUUGAAACUGGUUACGAAAUAUGAAGAUCUAUAACAAAGAUCUUUAUCAUCAAGCAUUGAAAUUAAACGAGCAGGAUGAUUACAAGAUGUAUGACUAUUACAUGAGCCGUAAUGAGCCCUGGCCACUCUCACCAGCAUCUUCUCAGACUGAGAGCUCAGAAGAUCUUACUGAUUAUGAGUUUGAUUAUUCUUCAGAUUAA